CUUGAUCCACUGGACUUGCUAGGGUUCUUUGUUUCUGGAAAUUUUUAGAACCCAGCAAGGAGUUUGGAUCCUGGCCAUUGUCAAGUGCUCCAGGUACCACUCUAUAUCCAACUCAGCCAUGCUUUCAGUCACCUGCGAUGUUCCAGGCCUAUAGUUGCCACCCUUUCCCUUGCCCCAGAUACUCCCACCAGGGAACUAGGUCUCUAUUGGGAUCUCAUCUCUAAGAAUCACCAAUCCUGGGUGCUCCCCUAUCCCUGCUGCCUCGUAGCAUACUCAUGAUAUCCCUGCCAGAAACCGAUCUCUAUUUUCCACUGAAGUCUUCCAGAGGUUGUAGGAAGUUAUCCAAAGAUUUGGCCAUUCAGGGAAAGGAUUUCCCAGAAAAGUAAACGCCAUCCAAAUGCUGGCAGGCUUUUUGCAGCUCUUUCUUUCUGCCUCGCCACUGCUCCCAACCCCCAUUGAUUUAUUUAUUCAUCCCUUAAUCCUCUAAUGAGUACCCCUUGUGUGCCAGAUUCUGUACUAGGAGCAAGGAACAUGGGGCUCGGUUUGGCAUGGUUCCACACUCACAGAAAUCUACAUGCAUAGAGGACAUUUCAGGGGGCUCUUAACAGCACCCAGUGCAUCAAACUAAGAAAGGGCAGCCAUUACUUUUGUGUGCAGAUAUUCACAGGCACCGUAUCCCUCUUUCUCUAUCCAAUCUCCAGAGAGCCUCUACCUCCACCUGAGCAGGGACCAUCCUGAGACCUUUCUAGGACAUUCUGCAGUACUAGCCAGCUCUGAGCUUGUCUUUGGUUUGCUUACUGUCAACUUUAUCUCCCAUUAUCUUGCUUCAUCUGUCCACAAGUCACACCUACUUUGAAACAAUGCAGCUCUUCAUGAAGGAAGUCAACGGAUCUGUUUCUAAGAACAUAGUCUUAUGCCCUGAUCUUAUCUGGGUGUUUCGUUUCCGUAGCUGCACGGCAAGUCUGCAUACAGCAAAGUGACCUGCAUGCCUCACCUUAUGGAAAGGAUGGUGGGUUCUGGCCUCCUGUGGCUGGCCUUGGUCUCCUGCAUUCUGACCCAGGCAUCUGCAGUGCAGCAAGGUUAUGGAAACCUCAAUGAAGCCAGUUCCUAUGGGCUGGACUUGGACUGCGGAGCUCCUGGCACCCCAGAGGCUCACAUCUGUUUUGACCCCUGUCAGAAUUACACCCUCCUGGAUGAACCCUUCCGAAGCACAGAGAACUCAGAAGAGAAACAGGGGUGCGAUGACAACUUGAGUGGCUGGUACCGCUUUGUAGGGGAAGGAGGAGUGAGGAUGCCGGAGACCUGUGUCCAGGUGCGCCGAUGCCAGACAGCCGCUCCCAUGUGGUUGAACGGGACCCACCCUGCCCUUGGGGAUGGCAUCGUCAACCGCACUGCCUGUGCCCACUGGAGUGGCAACUGCUGUCUCUGGAAGACGGAGGUGCUGGUGAAGGCCUGCCCAGGCGGGUAUCACGUGUACCGGUUGGAAGACACUCCCGAGUGUAAUCUGAGAUACUGCACAGAUCCCUCCACUGUGGAGGACAAGUGUGAGAAGGCCUGCCGCCCCGAGGAGGAGUGCCUUGCCCGCAACAGCACCUGGGGCUGUUUCUGCAGACAGGACCUCAAUAGCUCUGAUCUCCACAGUUUGCAGCCUCAGCUAGACUGUGGGGCCGAGGAGAUCAAGGUGAAGGUGGACAAAUGUUUGCUGGGAGGCCUGGGUUUGGAGGAGGAGGUCAUUGCCUACCUGCGAGACCCAAACUGCAGCAGCAUCUUGCAGACAGGCGAGACGAACUGGGUAUCUGUGACCAGCCCCGUCCAGGCUAGUGCCUGCAGGAACAUUCUGGAGAGAAAUCAAACCCAUGCCAUCUACAAAAACACCCUCUCCUUGGUCAGUGAUUUCAUCAUCAGAGACACCAUCCUCAACAUCAACUUCCAGUGUGCCUACCCACUGGACAUGAAAGUCAGCCUCCAAGCUGCCUUGAAGCCCAUUGUAAGCUUCCUGAACGUCAGUGUGGGCGGGGAUGGAGAGUUCAUUGUUAGGAUGGCCCUCUUCCAAGACCAGAACUACACGAAUCCUUAUGAAGGGGAUGUAGUUGAACUGUCUGUUGAGUCCAUGCUCUAUGUGGGCGCCAUCUUGGAGCAAGGGGACACCUCCCGGUUUAACCUGGUGUUGAGGAACUGCUAUGCCACCCCCACUGAAGACAAGGCUGACCCUGUGAAGUAUUUCAUCAUCAGAAACAGCUGCUCAAAUCAACGUGAUUCCACCAUCCAUGUGGAGGAGAAUGGGAGAUCCUCGGAAAGCCGGUUCUCAGUUCAGAUGUUCAUGUUUGCUGGACAUUAUGACCUAGUUUUCCUGCAUUGUGAGAUUCAUCUCUGUGAUUCUCAUAAUGAACAGUGCCAGCCUUCUUGCUCAAGAAGUCAAGUCCGCAGUGAAGUACCGGCCAUUGACCUAUCCCGGGUUCUAGAUUUGGGGCCCAUCACUCGGAGAGGUGCGCAGUCUCCUGGUGUCAUGAAUGGAACCCCCGGCACUGCAGGGUUCCUGGUGGCCUGGCCCAUGGUCCUCCUGACUGUCCUCCUGGCUUGGCUGUUCUGAGAGCUCCACUGAGCAUCUGGCCUUGAAGUUGUGUUCUUCCCUCUGGCAAUGGCUCCCUUCACCACUUCUGCUUUCCACUCCAAUUCACACAGUCUUGGUAUUAACAGACUCAAGGCCAGGCUAGGUUUUCGGGAAAGGGAAGAACUUUCACCUUCUUUAAAAUUCUCGGCUGGGCGCCGUGGCUCAUGCCUAUAAUUCAGCCACUUGAGAGGCUGAGGCAGGUGGCUAACCUGAGGUCAGCAGUUCAAAACCAGCCUGGCCAAAAUGGUGAAACCCCGUCUCUACUAAAAAUAACAAAAUUUGCCGGGCAUUGGGGCAGGCACCUGUAUCCCAGUUACUUGGGAGGCUGAGGCAGGAGAAUCGCUAGAACCCGGGAGCGUAGGUUGCAGUGAGCUGAGAUUGUGCCAUUGCACUCCAGCCUGGGUGACAGGGCAAGAUCUUGUCUCAAAAAAAAAAAAAAAAAGGCAACAUGUGGGGUUCCUGGUCAGUCUGUACUGGGCUGCCCUUCUCAUUUGUUAAUGGACCCUUGAAAGCAAGCUUGCUAGGUGCCCUCUGUGGCUUUAGCCUUUACAGAAGUGUGGCGCAUGUUUUUAACUCCAGAGAAGAGGUAUCCUGUCACUAGGGUAUGGGAUGAGCAUGGAGAAGAAGCACCGGCCAUGAUUCCUUCCUAAGCAUUCCCUGUCUGACUGCUCAUGAUUGAAGAGACUGACCCUUGCAUUCA